AAAAAACAAACUUCAAAAAGUAAACAGAAGCACAAAAGUUCUCGUCCAAAGUUCCCGUUUUUUAGACUAAAAGCGAGUGGCGCCGGGAACACCUACACCAUGCUGCUGGACGUCGAUGGAAUGCAGGUUUUCUUCCCCUACGACUUCAUCUACCCGGAGCAGUAUUCAUACAUGUUAGACCUAAAGAGGAGUCUCGAUGCUAAGGGCCAUUGCAUACUGGAGAUGCCUUCGGGGACAGGCAAGACCAUUACACUGCUGUCGCUCAUUGUGUCCUACCUCCGAGCUUUUCCACAGAAUCUCACAAAGCUCAUCUACUGCUCCCGAACCAUUCCCGAGCUGGAAAAGGUAAUUGCAGAGUUGAAGAAGCUUAAGAACUACAUUGAGGAGGAGACUGGAGAGCCUGCAAACAUUACUGGCCUUGCAUUAGCCUCCAGAAAGCAUCUGUGUGUGAAUCCUGAGGUCAGCAAGGCAAGGGAAGGAAAGAUUGUUGACAAUGGAUGCUAUGCAUUGACAGCCUCAUAUGUAAGAUCCAGGGCCCAGAGAGACGACACAGUGCCACAAUGUGACUACUUUGAACAGUUUGAUCUCCAUGGCAAGGAAUUUCCCUUGCCAGCCGGCACAUACAACCUUGAUGAUCUGCGGGAGUUUGGCAGACAGAAGGGAUGGUGCCCAUACUUCUUGGCCAGGCAUGCAAUAGUACAAGCAACUAUUGUAGUCUACAGCUACCAUUACAUGCUGGAUCCGAAGAUUUCAGAAAUAGUAUCAAAAGAGAUGAAGAGCGAAGCUUGCGUCGUUUUUGAUGAGGCUCACAACAUUGACAAUAUUUGCGUCGACUCCAUGAGUAUAAAUAUUAAUAGAAGAGUACUGGAUAAGGCCAAAACCAGUCUUAAUAGUUUACAUGAGCAUAUAUCAAGGAUAAAGGAGUCUGACAGCAACAGACUAAGAGAAGAAUACAGUCGCCUCGUGGAAGGGCUGCGGCGGGCUUCUAACCAGGAGCAUAUCAUAGCCAAUCCCAUUCUGCCAAAAGAUUUAUUAGAAGAAAAUGUCCCUGGGAACAUCAGGACAGCUGAUUACUUUGUCUCGUUCAUGCGGCGCUUGAUUGACUUCCUGAAAAUGAGGCUGGCUGUCACACACGCGGUUCAGGAGUCGCCAGCUGGUAUCCUGAAAGACCUGAAGAACAGAGCCUUCAUUGAUCGAAAACCCCUGAGGUUUUGCUCUGAACGCCUCUCCUCCAUUGUGAGAACGUUGGAGUUGACUGAUAUAUCGGACAUCUCCCCCCUCGUGGCCGUUGCUCACUUUGCCACCCUUGUCUCCACAUACUUACAGGGUUUUGUCGUAAUUAUUGAACCCUUCGAGGACAAGGCUCCAAAUAUUCCCAAUCCAAUAUUGUACUUGAGGUGUUUGGAUUCAUCGCUUGCAAUCAAACCAGUCUUCACAAAGUUCCAGACAGUUGUCAUUACCUCUGGAACUCUUUCACCCUUGGACAUGUAUCCUAAGAUCUUGGACUUCCACCCUGUGGUCCAGAACUCCUUUACAAUGACACUUGCUAGACCUUGUAUCCUUCCAAUGAUUGUGACUAAGGGUAAUGACCAAGUGUCCAUCUCGUCCAAGUUUGAGUCUAGAGAAGAUCCAGCUGUCGUCAGAAAUUAUGGGAAGCUUUUAGUAGAAAUGGGGACAAUUGUACCUGAUGGAAUGGUGUGUUUCUUCACCUCUUAUCUGUACCUGGAGAGUGUGGUGGCCACGUGGUAUGACCAUGGUAUCAUCAGUGACCUUCAGAGGCACAAGCUUGUUUUCAUCGAGACCCAAGAUGAUGCUGAGACAUCUCUGGCUCUUCUGAAUUAUAUGAAGGCAUGUGACAAGGGACGAGGAGCAAUCCUGCUGGCUGUGGCAAGAGGCAAAGUGUCGGAAGGGAUCGAUUUUGACCACCACUACGGCCGCUGUGUCAUCAUGAUGGGAAUUCCGUUUAUGUACACCCAGAGCAGGAUUCUGAAGGCCAGAUUAGAAUACCUGCGUGACCAGUUUAAUAUUCGUGAAAAUGACUUCCUGACCUUCGAUGCCAUGCGUCAUGCAGCUCAGUGUGUGGGUCGGGUCAUGCGUGGAAAGACCGACUACGGAAUCAUGUUGUUUGCAGACAAGCGUUUCUCCAGGGCAGACAAGAAGAGCAAAUUGCCUCGUUGGAUUCAAGAGUAUUUAGUUGACAGCAAGUGCAAUUUGUCAACAGAGGAAGCUGUUCAGGUGACAAGACCAUGGCUGCGUCAGAUGGCCCAGCCCUUCACAAGAGACGACCAGCUGGGAGUGUCGCUGCUAACCCUCGAACAGCUGAACUCUGCCUCCAACAUUGAGAAAGUACAAAAGAGAGCUCAGCAAUCUUUUUAACAGGAGGAGGUCACGAAGGCUACUGUGUCUAUUGUUCUGUUGCGGAAUACUUAUUUUCUGGAACAGCAUUGGUGGGGCAGCGAUGGGGGUGAGGGUAAGGGGGAUAGAGGCAAGGGUGUUGGAACAGCCGGAGCCAGUGUUUGUAAGGGGGGAGGUAGGGAGCGAAUGAAAGCAAGAGGAGGAGGAGGAGGAGGAGAGGGUGGGAUGGAAUAGUGUAGAUGAGGGAUUGUGCAUAUAAUGCCAUUAUUUAUCGCUUAUAUAUUUUUUAUCAUGAUUUGAUCAAACUCUGUAUAUUUUUUUUUCUCUUUCUCUUCAAUAUUCCACAUCUUUGCUGGAAAUACCAUAAUUUAUUUUUUGUAUUAUUGUUAUUAUUAUUUUUUCUUUGUUCUUUUUCUUUGUUCAUUCUAUUUAUACAAAGAAAUGUGGCAGUACAAGCUGGAAAAAAAUAUCUAUAGUAUUUAUGUGACUGAUAUCAAGUAUCAGUUUGACUUUAUUUUAUUACAUUUCACAUCAUUUGUAAGAAGAAUUGCAGAUCUGAAUGUCACUUCCAGUUAAGAAAAUUGCAUCAGAAAUGUUUGUGAUCAUGUAACACUCUCUCCCUCUCCCUCUCCCUCUCCCUCUCCCUCUCCCUCUCCCUGUUAUGCACACUUUACUUUGUCAAUUGCAGACAUAGGGGACCUUCAGCAAGCAUAAGUAGCAAAAAACCUGGUAUUUGUAUUUUUGUUGAAGGUACAGUACGUGUCAGUAGUUAUUGUUAAUUUUUGUGUAUGUUUCUAGAAUACUCAUGGCAUUGCUGAGUCAUGCUUGAAUUUGUUUUCCUUGGGAUAGGACGAAGGAAAAACAAUAACUUAAGAGCAGAAUAUAAUAUCAGUUUUAGUAAAUUACAUAGAUACUUUAAUACCACCAUAGCCGUUCAGUGUUAGAGUUGGUUUUACUCAAAAAAUUAUACUCUAAUAAUUGUUUUUCUUUUCUUUCCCUUUUCUUGUAUUUUCUUAAGGAAAAUGGCAAAUUUUUUUCUCUCUCUUUUCUGCCUUCAUGUCCCAUUCGGAAAUGAACAAAAACCAGAAGAGUUUUUGUAUAGAAAUGAAGAUAUACUGUAAAGCCGGCUCAAUAAAACUUAUUUAAAACAAAUAAAGUAAAACUAGGGAAUGUAGUUUUUGCCUACAAUCUCUCCUAAUUUGUGGAAAUCAUAAAUAAAAAAAAAUGAUUAUGUAACAUUCCUAGAAAUAUGUUGUACAUAUAAAAUAAGAUUUUUAUCUAUGUUGUAAACAAAGAAAUUCAUUGUAUUAAAGUUGGUUUUCCAUGGUGA